AUCAAGUUUCAACCCAGCGUAUCAACGAGAUUUUGACUUGGAUUUCGAAAGAACCAUACGAACAGCAUCACACACAAAACAAGAGUGAGGUUCUAGAAGGAACAGGAAAGUGGCUUCUCGAGGACAAAGUCUUUCAGUCCUGGAAGAACUCUGAGGCAUCGUCCAUCUUAUGGCUACACGGCAUUCCAGGCUCUGGCAAGAGCAAGCUGACCAGCGACGGUGUACUUUUACUGCUCCCGAAAUCCGGCCGAGCCCGGCCUUUCCAAUCCCACCAGCAUAGCGGCGAGUCUUGCGAGGCAACUAGCGAUGCCCCAGACCGGUGCGGAUAUUCUGGAUGCCGCAGUCGAGGUGUACAGAAGAUUUGAAGAAAAAGCUUUUGCUUCACAGUCUCUCACACUAGACGAGACCAAAGCUCUUAUCCACAGGCUAUUACUUGAUAGUUAUCAAGGUCAGACAAUCACAUUGAUCAUCGAUGCACUGGACGAGUGCGAUAGAGAAACCCGACAAGACCUUUUGGACUUUCUCGUGUCUCUCGUUAUAACACCGACCACUAUGAAGGUCUUCGUAUCCAGUCGAGACGAUAGGGACAUCGUACACGAGCUUCAAAAGUACGGAAACCUCCACCUCUCAUCAGAGCGCAACUCGGGAGACAUCGACUUAUAUGUGCGGUUAGAGACUUGUCGUCUUGUCAGCAAAGGGUCUCUGCUGCGAGGAAGCUCAAGAAAGGAGGAACUGCGGAACAAGAUUAUUUUCGAGCUUACUGCUAAUGCGCAUGGAAUGUUCCGUUGGGCCAGCCUACACAUACAAGAGCUUUAUCGCCAGGCCACUGAUGCUGCCAUUGAAGAGAGGCUAGCCAAGAUGCCGCGAACACUGGAAGGGCUUUACCAAGAGAUCCUGGCAAAGAUCGAAACCAGGGAUGCCGUCGCAGACAGAGAAGUGGCCAGGAAAGCCUUUAGAUGGCUGCUUUGUGCCCAAGAGCAAUUCAAAUCGGACGUCUUCCUCGCAAUGGUGUCAGGAGCAAAGGACGUAUCCACCGCCACCAUCUCAAGAGACCAACUCCUGGAAUUGUGCAACAAUAUGGUUCUUUUUGACGAGACACUGGACGCCUUCCGCUUCUCCCACUUAUCCGUCAGAGAGUUCUUUGAGGGUGAACAUGCAUACCAAAUUACGACUGCACACGCACUUGCGGCGGAGCAAUGCCUUCUCAACCUUGAUGAUAUCCCUUCUGUAAUCAUGCCUUUGACGCCGGUUAUGCGAUACUCGUUCUCCUUUUGGGCACACCACGCAAAAUACGCAGACCAUGAAGAAAGGCAAUCACGUUUAUCCCUGAUUUUGACCAAAUUCUUCUCCGGGGAAGGAAAUCAUUCCUCUCCGUUCUCUCGUUGGCAUGACCGACUUUCAUGCAAGAGAUACGACGCGGAUCUGGAUGAGAAACACGAGUUCAAUGCCGCUUUAUCCUACAUGCCAUUUGCAAUGCUGGUUAUCUGUGUAUUUGACUUGUCGGGAGUUUUGAGCCCAGAACGUUGGACGCAGCUGGCCCGAGCUCGGCCCAGGAAUCUAAAUGGCGCCACACAUGAUGAACUUAUCAUAAGGUACGACAGCAUUCAAAUCCUCCAGUGGCAAUUCGACGUCGGAGUCGCCUUCAACUGGACCCUGAAACAUGUGAAAAUUGCGGCUGGAAGUAUGAGAAACAGUGUGCGAGUGAUGUCGUUCCUGCUAGAAAGGCUUGCGUCAGACAUCCGAGUCACCGAAGAAGUUGUUCAAACUGCUGCCUCGAACCUAGUAUGCGGCGACAUCAUCCUUUCUCAUCUUCUAGAGAAACGGGGUCGCGAAAUCAACAUCACUGGCGACAUCAUCAAAGCCGCAGUCAGAAAUAGCAGGAGAGGCGUAGAAUCUACUUCGCUACUUCUCAAACAUUAUAAGAGUCAAAUCACUCCGGAAAUUGUCUCAGCUGCUAUUCAGAACAGAGCGGAUGUGGUGAAGCUGUUACUUGAUGAGCGGGGAGACGAGAUCGAAAUCUCCGCAGAUAUGAUUCUAGCCGCGGCUACUGACACGUUACGGCUUGACAAAUCAGUUCUACCGUUGCUCCUUGACACGCGAAGGGGCCAGAUCAACAUAACGAAAGAAUUUCUAAUGUCGAUUGCCUCAAGUCGAAACUGCGACAAAGAUCUCAUGGAAAUGCUUCUUGAAGUGUGUGAAGACGAAGUAAAGAUAACAGCGGAGCUCUUUGACGCGGUCGGAAAAAAUCCAAGGCAUAGAAUUGAAGUAAUGAUGCUCUUGCUCGGCAGAUUUGGGACCAAGUCCCAGAUUCCCACCAAUUUCAUGGAAAAUGUCGUACACAGAUUCAGUGGUACCAUUGUACGCAAAUUCAUCGAGACACAUGGCGACGCUCUGGAGGUUAACACCAAGAUCUUCAAAGCUGCCGUCCAGAAUCAUCACCAUGGCGGCAACGUGGCAGCUGUGCUAUUGGAAGAGUACGGAGAUGAUAUCAAAAUCACCGAAGACAUUAUGGAGGCGAUAUUCGACAACCAGUACUGCGGUGACAAGAUAAUGGGUGUUUUUCUGGAUAAGUAUCCACAUGAAAUUCGAAUCACUGAAAAGUUCGUCAAGAUGGCGGCCGCCUCUCGGUGCUCAGGAAUGAUGGCGCUGAUUCUUAACAAAUGCGGUGAAAAGGUAUGUAUCACGGACGAGUUGAUAGCUUCGUGUUACAGCGCCACAGGUAUACAGGCGAUUAUUACAAGGCGGAAAGAGUAUAAGCUUCAGGUCACUGAACAUGUGCUCAUACAAGCAGCUCGACAGGGUAAGGGCCGGAGGACAAGAAGAACUGGCGAUCUGCUGCUGCCGCUCCUUCUUGAGUGGCGGUUGGAGGAGGUCCGACAUAGACUUACCGAAGACAUUGUCAUAGCUGCGGCUAAUAACCCUAGCAACGGCGUACGUUUCAUCACAUUGCUCAUUGACAAGUGCGGAGACGACAUAGUUAUCACCACAAGCGUUUUACAGGCUGCAGCUUCGAAUACAAGGUGUGGCGAUCGGCUGGUGGCAGUUCUGCUAGAACGCUAUGGGGAUAGCAUUCGCAUCACGGAGAGUAUUGUUGAAGCGGCGGUCAAAAUCACGGGAGUAGGCGGCAAAGUCAUGAAAUUGCUUUUCGCAGCGCGAGGCGACCGCAUCCCGAUCCCUGAAAAAGUCCUCGUACACACAUGUGCGAAUUGUUUUACCUAUGAAAUCAUACAAAUGCUUCUCGACAGGCGCGGAGACCACAUUCAGAUCACCGAAAAGGCCGUCGGCGUUGCCGUUCAAAAUCCGUGGUGUGGCACAGAGAUUCUGGAACUUUUCCUAGAAAGGUACGCAGACGGUGUCCCUCUCACUGAAGAGAUCAUCAGUCUCGCAGCUGGCAACGAGAGGUGCGGCGAUAAGAUCAUGUCGUUACUUCUAAAGGAGCGAGACAACAUCCCGAUCACCGGAGCGGUUCUUUUUGCCGCAGCUCAUAAUUCGACUAGCGGUCAUAGAGUUAUGGCGGUAAUAAUUGACACCCUCGGCAAAUUGGAUGAGAAGAAUCACCAGCUCUCUACAGCUCUCGGAGAGGCUCUCUACGAGGCGUCUCGCCUAGGUCACGAGGAGACAGUUGGAGUGCUUCUAGAUAACAACGCAGACGCUCUUGCUCAGGGAGGGUUGGAAAACAACGCACUAUAUGCUGCUUCACUCGGAGGCUACAGUAAGGUUGUCCAGAUGCUUCUCCAACACAAUGCGAAUGUCAAUACCCAGGGCGGCCAAUUUGGCAAUGCUCUUCAGGCGGCUUCAUUCAGAGGCCAUUAUAAGACUGCUGAGCUGCUUCUUGAGAAUGGCGCGGAUCCCAGUUGCGAUAGCGGCUAUUUCGGCGGUUCUACGCAGGCCGCUGCGGCGGGUGGGCAUGACGAGAUUCUAUCACUGUUACAUGGAAAGUACAGCGUCUGCCUGGAUAGCAGAAAUAGUCAGUUCGGUCGAACCGCCCUGUCAUACGCUGCUGGCGGCGGUCACAGCUCUGUGGUACAGCUACUUCUUGCCGACCCAAACGUGAGCCCAUGGUCGAUAGAUCCUUUGGGCCGGACACCAUUAUUCUUCGCCGCUCAAAACGGACAUGCUGAAGCCGUCUCAACUCUGGCUGAGCGGGAUCCAUCGGUAGUAGACUGGAAGGACCGGUACGGCUCAACGGCCCUCUCUGUUGCGGCCAGAAGAGGGCAUGUUGAGGUCGUGAGGAACCUCUUGGACACUUAUGAAGUAGACAUCAACUCUCGAGAUUGUUUCGGCCGAAUACCUCUAUCAUGGGCUAGAAGGCGGGGGCUUGCCGAUGUAUCGCUUCUACUUGAAACAGCAAAGAACGGCAACCUAUCACGAGAGGACUUCUUUUUAGGAGACACAGACAGUCAGCUUUCAUAUGAGCACGCAGCCUCUGGAACGCCAUUGGACCUGGUCUGCGACAUCUGCACUUUAAGCAUACCAGAGAAUGACACAUGUUAUCACUGUUCAGACUGCAAUGGGGGAGACUUUGAUAUGUGUAAAGACUGCUUUGACAAUUGUGGUAGUUGUCUUGUGGCAUCUCAUGAGCUCACUCGGAUGCUGGCUGAAUGAUCUUUGCUUGAUGAAUAGUCUUAAGUUGUACUAGUUUAGAUUUCCAUA